AUGGACUCCUGCCCAGCUGGCCCCCUUGGCCUGAUAUGUCUGUCCCUUGUGCUCAUACCUGCUUCAGCUGGAACCUACUGUGAAUGCAGCCUCGGUCUCAGCCGUGAGGCCCUUAUUGCCCUCAUUGUGGUGCUGGCUGGUAUCAGUGCCAGCUGCUUCUGUGCCCUCGUUGUUGUGGCGCUUGGUGUCUUUCGGGCCAAGGAUGACACGUGCCCUGGACACUCGGAAAACAGGUUGGAGGAGCCCUAUGGGGUCCAGGAAGAUCAAAUAGACCUGCACACGGUGCACGUGGAGUCCCACCUCAUGGACCCUGAUCUGGAGGUAUCCAUGAUGCAGUCCUUGGAGAACCAUACCCUCACGGCCAUGACUGCUCCUCUACAGCCCCUCCCCCCUCCCCCUCCCCCCCACCUCCAGUGUAGUGGAGAGCAGCUAGGCUGGAGAAUUAAACAGUAUUUAGUGAUUAUGUGCUGUCCUUCUUGCAGGUCCCUCAUGAGGUAA